CCGCUCUAGAAGCGGCAGCGCUGAAACCUCGCGAGAACUGAGAGUGUCCUUCUUGUCUCCAAGAUGGGUUACUGGGAGCUCGAAGAGGGGAAAGACUGUGUGGAGAAAACAUGGAUUACCACCAAACUGGGCACAGCCGUGGGGCUUGUUGGCUCAGCGUAUCAUAUUUUGGCAUUCCAGCCUGAUACAGCAGCUGAAGCACUGACGAGGGCAGCAAAUGCUACAGCUACAAUGGCAACCAUGGGGGCGAUAUUUGGAAUGGCCACUUGUCUGAGUGCCCAUGCUCGGGAUGCUCCUGAUGACCCCACUAACUACCUCAUUGGUGGAUGCGCAGCAGGCGCCUUUCUUGGAGCUCGAACCCAUAGUGCUAUGACUGGCACAACAGCGUGUCUUGGUCUGGGGGUAGCGGCAUGGCUCACUAAAGUGGGGAAGAUGGAGGGCUGGAGGCUCAGUGGGCCACCCAAACUGUAAAGCCUUUACUUUGUGGUUUUGUGUUAAUAUUGUAUAUUACUUAAAUAAAUCUUUUGAAGGUGUCAUUA